AUGCUCGACACCGUGACCAUAGGUGCCCUACUUGGCCAUAGCGAUCACGCGAUGUUGUUCUUUCGUCACAUCCGUUACUCGAAGCACAUCAGUGAGAACAACAUGGUAAUCUAUGUCACUUCACAUUUCGAUACCCUGUACAAUUUCUUUCAAGGAACGGACUGGUCCUUCCUGGCCGAGCAGCUGCCCGAUGUCACUUGGAUGAUGUUUGUCACCCAAUUUAGCAAGCUAGCGGCAAAUGCGUCAGAAAGCAAUGUCUAUCGUCCGAACCAAGUUAACUCGAUCCUGAAGAGCCGACAUCGAAAGUACACAGCCUUAAUUGAUUCAGCCUGGUGC